AUGCGCAUGAACACCAGGGCUUCGAUAACAAGAACUACAGAUGAGAUGGCUUAUGCAGAAAAUUUAUUUUCUCACAUUUCUGGAGGCUGGAAGUCCAAGGCCAAGAACACUGUUCUGCCUUGCCAAGACCAGUACUUUGUAGGAGGCCAGAGCUAUAAUUGCCCGUAUUCCACUACAACGUCAGAAUCUAGUGUUGACGUUUCCACGGAGACUUGGGUCUCUUUCUGGGCUGCUGGUCUCCUGGACAACAGAGAGCCCCAACAAGCACCACAGGCGCAGGAAUCAUCCAGUGACUCCAAUUUCCCUGUUCCUAACUCAUGUUCGUGGGAAGAGGCUCAGCUUUCCUCUCAGCUCUACAGAAACAAGCAGCUCCAAGAUACUCUGGUGCAGAAGGAAGAAGAACUUGCUAGGUUACACGAAGAGAAUAAUCACCUUAGACAAUACCUGAAUUCUGCUUUGGUUAAAUGUCUUGAGGAAAAGGCCAAGAAAUUACUGUCAUCAGAUGAGUUUUCCAAAGCAUGUGGAAAAUUCAGAAAGGGAAAGAGGAAACCCAAAGAGCAAAGAUAUUUUCCUCCUGAGAUCCCCCAUCACAAAAAUGCCAAGAGAAACCUCUCCGGUGAAUUUGCUAACUGUGAAGAACAACCUGGGCCCCCUGUGGAUCCCUGGGUUCUUCAAACACUUGGAUUAAAAGACCUCAAUACCAUUGAUGACACUUUAUCAGCUAACUACAGUGCCCUCUCCUCUCAUCCCAGAAGAAUUGCCAGCACAUUUCCCCAGUUUCCGGAUGAUGCAGUCAAUUAUGAAAAUAUCCCCAGGGAGGAUCUGCCAAUUGACUAUGGAGGUGACCAAACAACCCCCUCACAUAGCACUGCCAGGCACGGGGAAGAUUUUCACUUACUUUCUCAACUUUCAAAUGUGCCAGGAGGGCUGCAAACUCCUCCUUACUAUACUUCUGAUGUGUCUCCCAAUAAGACAGAGAUGGCCUUUUCCACAUCCCUGAGCCCUCACUGUAAUGUGAAAACUCAUUCCUUCCACCAGGGACAAGCCUUUGUUUGUCGAGAUGAGGAGGGAGGCUGGAAGUUCACUUGGGUCCCUAAGCAGUCUUAG